UUUCCGGCUGGGAUCCUCCAGCCGCCAUUCUUCCACAAGAGCUUCCCCAAGUCGAUGACGUACGGAGGGAUCGGGAUGGUGAUCGGCCACGAGAUCACCCAUUCCCUGGACGAUCGGGGGAGGCUGUUCGACGGGGAGGGGAACCUCCACAAUUGGUGGGCGCCCGAGGCGGAGAGGAGGUUCAGGGAGAGGGCGCAGUGUGUCGUCGGUACAAUUCCGUGGAGCACAUUCAUCAUGACUGGUCGCAAUUCAAAGUAUCAAUAUUUUAAUGAUCCCGGCUCUGACUCGACGCUCAUUACUCUCCCGUCGCUCACUCUUUUUGCCUCUUCCCGGGAAGAUUACUACGGGAACAUGACGGUGGACGAGCUGGGGAUCCAGCUCAACGGAGUCACGACCCAAGGAGAAAACAUCGCGGAUCUCGGCGGGCUCAAGAUCGCCUUCCGGGCGUAUAGGGAGUGGCUGCAGAAGAAUCCGACGGCGGAGAUCCUGAUGCCGGGCCUGCCGCUUUCGUCGUACCAGCUUUUCUUCUUGAAUUUCGCGCAGCUGUGGUGCGGGGAGACGCGGCCUGAGGCGCUCCUCAGCAAGAUCAGGGCGGGGAACCACCCGCCGGGGAAGUACAGGCGAGUGUCCUUCGUCCUCUGGGGAUCCAAGGGUGUCUCCUAA